AUGCCAUCGCAUGAGACGAUAGAGUCUUCAUGGAAUGCCACCGAAGGCGGCGUUGGUAUCGCAACCCAGGCCGACUUUCAUGAGAGCCGCCCGGACCAACAGUUCAGUACCCAUGACAGACCACCAGGACAUUUCGUCAACAACGAUUUCAUGACAACCCGGUAUCAACAUACAACCGUCACCUCCCGAGCACCCUAUACCUCGGCGCCAGGCGGAUUGCCAGGACAUGUAGCUGUCAAUGUACCCCUCGCCCCUCACUCGACAACACCGAGCGUCUUUCCAUCUUCGCCCACAGAGACUUCAAGUACUCGUUGGCCAACCACUGAUGCAACACUCACCAACCCUUCAAUCCAGCCUACCCAGGAGCUCCACUAUGACGCCUCUACCUGGGUUGACUUCGAUGUCGCUGACUUUCUCGACCACUGGGACAUCCAAUACCACAUGGGAGAGGCUGGGCUCAUGCACGUAGAUGAUGAACGCAAGAGACGGUGGCGACCGCUCAACAAGAUGCCCUUUGGGAACUACGACUUACAGGGCUUGAAUUGGGCAGCACUCAACACGAGCAGAAGCCAAGCCCGACUGGCGCGAAAAAUGCUCUAUCCUCUUCGUUAUUCAUGGACUCCGCCAGCCACCUAUGACGAAGACUCGAUAUGCCGGCAACAGCGCAUGUAUGCCUCGAAGGAUUUCUACCCUCAUCACGAGGCCAGCCAUUCGCAUGGUCAACUUCGAAAUGUGCUCGCAGCGCGAAGUAGAAAUGAUGUCUUUUAUGCCUCCAAGAGCAAAGUCAUGCAUACUUCGCUGAGUUGUCCUGCAUACACCGAUGUAGUCAUGAACUUUAGUGGCGCGUCGACGAACCCGAAUCAAGCCGGAGACACCUAUAUUACCACCAUUGCUGUUUCACCUGCCACGGACUUUGACGGAUAUUGCUCGGAUGCCGUGUUGGUCACUGGCGGACUGGAGGGUGAGUAUGCUCUGCUCAACCUCAACUCUACGCUAGGCGAUCGUCCGACCGAAGGCUUUGUCACCGUCGCCGAGCAGAAAGAAACCACACACGUCCACAUACUCAGUCACCGCCGCACAGGUGCUCUGGGGGCUGCCUUUUGCUCCAACGACAGCAAAGUCCGAAUACUUGAUAUUGGUACCAACUCCUGGUCCGCCGAGUUCGGAUAUGGGCACCAAAUCAACUGCGCCGCAACGUCACCAGACGGCCGUCUCAGAAUGAUUGUUGGCGACACUUGCGAGUCGCUCAUUACUGACGCCGAGAGGGGGAACGUGCUGUUCCGCAUGCGGCAGCAUACAGGCUAUGGAUUUGCAUGUGCGUGGGCUGCCGACGGGUGGCAUGUGGCAACGGGCAGUGAGGACGGCAAGGUGGUGGUAUACGAUGCUCGGAGGUGGGACAUGCCAUUGGCGGCCCUUGCAUGCGAGAUGAGCUGUGCCAGAUCACUCCACUUUACGACUUCGAAUCGCGGAGGAGCAUCACUGGUGGUGGCCGAGUCGGACGAUAUUGUCAGCGUGUAUGAUGCGAUGGAUUGGAAUGACAAGCAGACAAUCGAUUUCUUUGGAUCGGUGGUCGGAGCAGUGUCAGUGGAAGAUGGCGAAGAGUUGAUCGUGGCGAAUGGUGAUGAGACGGUCGGUGGGUUGAUGGUGUUCGAGAGGAGACCACACAUACCUGAGGAGCCGGAUGAGUCUGACGAGUCUGACGAUGACGACGACCGUCCUCCAAGAGUUCAACAUCCAAGUGGACCGGUACUGAGCUAUGACGAUUUGAUGUUGUAA